UUAUUAUUAUUAUUAUUAUUAUUGCUGAUUUUUAAUAAUAUGCAUUCACUUCUUGCAACAUGAAUCCAUAGAGUUGCGAACGACGUCAAUGUCUAAGAAAUGCAACUUCAGUUAGUGAAAUAUUUCGUAAUUAUGAAAUGCAAAUAUUUGCUAUGAUAUGCAGUAUUCUUCAAACAAACGAUAUGAAUGCAGUACAACAUUGGUUAGAAAAUGCAACAGAUAGAGAGAAAAAUUUGAUUAUUAGUCUAGUGUCUACUGCAUUAUCUCAUCAAAAUAUGUAUUUUGAUACUAAACAAUCUGGAGGUAAUUCUUAUAGAACUAAUACGGAUAUACAUUGGUCUAGAAGGGAAAAAUUAUCAAAUAAUGAUAUAAGCCUCAAUGAAACAGUGGAAGACGAGAAUAUACAAAAUUGUUGUACCGUAACAGAUCGUUUAGUAAUUGGUGAAAUGGAUAAUAUGAGCGAAACGCACAGCAGAGGUGUACAAGCUAAUCUUUCAUGUGCUACAUCUGAGGAUACAUUAAAAUCUAAUAAUAUAGAAGUGAAUAAACCAACCAAUAAAGAGGAAUUCUCUAGUUUAUGUCAAACACCAUUGAAACAAAAUUGGAAACAACAUGAAUCAGUUGGAAUUCUUUAAAUUAUUUGAAAUUUUCUUUAUAGAUAGAGUGUAUACUGAUUAAUACUGUACUAGCAGUUCUUUUCUUUUAUUACAAAUAAUACAAAUGUAGUAUUGAAUAUUCAUUUCUAUUAUAUACAAUUUAUUUGUCUUGAUUUUGUUAAAAUAGAUGUAAAAAUAUAUUAAUUGAAAGACAGUG